AUGCUUCUUGCCACUUGUGUCGUUGCUCUCUUCUGCUUUAUACCUGCGAGCAGUUUGGCUCCUCCAAACUGUGGGGACCUGGUCCGGCCUCUGGAUCAUGUGGACGGUCAUCAAUUGGACGGACGAUGGCAUUUGAUCGCACACAGUCCGGUGGAACCGGAUAACCAAAGCGCGUACAAAUUGAUGGACAGUCUGGGCAUGAAGUUUUCCAAUGCCAGCGAUAACCACAACACCAGCAACCUUUUGUUAGAGCGCAUCUUAGGUUUUCUUGGCACUUGCGAUUAUGAAUCCUCCAACAUCACACUUGAGGGCAACAUCCUCACCUCCAGUAACGAAUCUGCAACCUUCUUCCAUACCAGCUGUUCAGACUGUUUGAUAUUGCAUUUUACAAAUGGAAGAGCACACGGGAACUUGCACCUGUACAGCAAGAGGAGGGAGGUGGAGAAGGAGGUGAUGGACGAGUUCAAGACUCAGGCAGAGUGUGUGAAAAAUCAACCACCUGUGAUGAUGGAUUCCUCCAAGAAGCUCUGUCCAGACCAGGAGCCCACCCUGUCUGAAGAUGAAGAAUUGAAACAGAAUCUAAGGCUAUUACUGAGGAUUUUGGAUUUAGUCGAUGAAGCUCCUGAUGCAUGA